CACGCCAACGAGUCCAGGACUACGGAAAUGCUGGCUGCUGCCUGCGCUGUGGGAGUGGCUUCCUGCUUCGCGGCGCCUGUCGGAGGUGUUCUGUUUUCGAUUGAAGUCACAACAACGUACUUCGCAGUGAGGAACUACUGGAGAGGAUUCUUCGCGGCGUGUUGCAGUGCUAUUAUGUUCCGGCUGCUGUCGGUGUGGGCGGGGCAGAUGCCGACGGUGAAGCCGCUGUUCCCCACCAACCUGCCGCAGGACUUCCCAUUCGACCCCCAGGAGUUCGCCGUCUUCGUCCUGCUCGGCAUUGUCUGCGGUCUUCUGGCGGCGCUGUGGGUGUGGCUGCACCGGCAGUACGUGCUGUUCAUGCGAAACACGCCUACGCUCAGCAACUUCCUGCAGAAGAACCGGUUCAUCUACCCGGGCUUCAUGACGCUGGUGGUGAUGUCCAUCCUGUUCCCGCCCGGCAUCGGCAAAUACAUGGCGGCCGACCUCGGGAACCAGGAACAGGUGUUGUCUCUGUUCGCCAACUUCACAUGGGGCGACGAGUUAUCGGCGGCGCAGGCGGCCGUGGUAGCUCACUGGCGAACACCCGAGCUCGGCUACUAUGGAUGCCUCGUUGUUUACUUCCUCUCUGUCUUCUUCCUGAGCAUGGUAUCGUGCACGCUGCCAGUGCCGGCCGGCAUAUUCGUGCCCGCCUUCAAGAUGGGCGCGGCAUUAGGCCGCUUGACGGGCGAGCUCAUGCACUACUUCUGCCCGCUAGGGGUCGCUUACGGCGGGCACAUACAGAAGAUCCUGCCUGGAGGAUACGCGACGGUCGGCGCGGCGGCGUUCACGGGCGCCGUCACUCACACUGUAUCCACCAUCGUCAUCGUCAGCGAGAUGACGGGGCAGGUCACGCACCUGCUGCCCAUCAUGGCGGCGGUUCUGUCAGCCAACGCGGUGGCGGCGCUGCUGCAGCCGUCCUGCUUCGACAGCAUCAUCCUCAUCAAGAAGCUGCCCUACCUGCCCGACCUGCUGUCCUCGGCCAGCCGCAUGUACGACAUCUGCGUGGAAGACUUCAUGGUGCGCGACGUGAAGUACAUCUGGAACCGCAUGACCUUCCAGCAGCUAAAGGACCUUCUCAAGGAGAACAAGACAAUCAAGAGCUUCCCCUUAGUGGACAGUCCAGCAUCAAUGGUACUCCUCGGCUCCAUCCACCGCUGGGAGCUGGUGAAGGUGAUCGAGCGGCAGGUGGGCCGCGAGCGCAGGCUGCAGGUCGCCGCGCUCUGGCUGCGGGAGGCCGAGCUCCGGAGGAGGGACGAGGAGGCUUCCAGGAGGGGCAGGAGACCUUCAAGGUUUGAGGUGACGCCGGCGCCCGACAUGCUGCAAGUGCCGGGUUCGGGCAUGACGCGCGGCUCGUCGCUCACCACGCAGGACCAGGGCGGACUUAUACCAGCGCCAGGCCAGCUGUUCCGUCCGAAGUCGAUCCUCAAGAAGACGAACUCCUUCACGUUAUCCCGCGGACUGGGCUCGCCUGCCGCUCUCACGCCCACCUCGCCUCAACCUUCGGUCUACACCACCGUCACCGGAGCGGAGACCAGGAUCCGCGCAGCCUUCGAGGCGAUCUUCAAGCGGUCGUCGAUGCUACAAGACGUGGAGGGCGGGCUCACGCCGCUCCCUCGCAGUCCCUCCAUCAACAAGAAAGUGCAGCUGCCUCGCGAGCGCGUGUGCGACAUGUCUCCGGAGGACCAGAAGGCGUGGCAGCAGCUGGAGAUGGCCAAGGAGGUGGACUUCGACAAAAUGCUCCAUCUGGCGCGCAAGAGAGACCUGCGCAUGGACGACUGCGAUUAUGAGGACGAGAGCCUGUACAUCUGCCACAUCGACCCUGCUCCAUUCCAGCUCGUCGAGCGCACCUCCUUGCUCAAGGUCCACUCUCUAUUUUCGACGCUGGGCGUGAGUCGCGCGUACGUGACAGCUAUUGGUCGACUCAUAGGUGUGGUUUCGCUGAAAGAGCUCCGCAAAGCAAUAGAAGACGUGAACUCGGGCGUGCUAACACUAGCCACCCGCCCAGAACCGCCCACCACGCCCGCCCCGGCCGUCAUCCGCGUGCCCGCCGCCCAGCCCGCACCGCCCACUGACUCCGAGACAGCCAAGCUUACUGUGGCAGGGGACAACUGAACAGGACAAUUGAACAGGAAGGACAUGAAUAGAAAGGACAUUUGAACAGUAAGGACAAUUGAACAGGAAGGACAUGAAUAGAGAGGACAUUUGAACAGGAAGAGCAUUUGAAUAGUGAGGACGAUUGAACAGGAAGGGCAUAUGAACAGUGAGGACAAUUGAACAAGAAGGCAUUUGAACAGAGAAGAGCGAUUGAUCAGUAAGGGAUUUAAACUUUUGCGUUCCAUUUCAACUAAAAUAGAGUAACACGGCUGCAAUGCUGCAGCCGAAAUGUCAAGCUGUGAGUACAUUAUGUAAUUCAUAUUAAAAUGUCGCGUUAAGGUCCAUGUUUCUCUAUUUUAGAUGAUCGGUAAGGACAUAUGAACAGUGAGGACGAUUGAACAGUAAAGGAGAUUGAAAAAUUAGAGGCAAUUAAUCAGUAUGGAACAAUUGAACAGUAAGGAGCACAUUAACAAUAAAUGACAAUAGAGGAGUAAUAGAUAAUUGAAAACAGGACAAAUGAACUGCGUGGUUACUCCGGAAAACGUUAUUCAAAUUUUAGAAUAUUGUCUUCCCACUGACAUAAAGUGAGAUGCUAGCUUGAGCGACGGUGACAGAUAGACACGAAACUACGUAAACAGCGUUUCGGAGCAGCCUUGCAGUAAAGGACAAACAAAACAAACAGUAAGGGUUAUAAUGAGCAGUAAGGAAUAAUUGAACAGUGAGGGGCUGAUUACAAGUAAAUGACAUUUAAACAAUAGCGACAUGAACUUUAUAGAAUACUGAUCAGUAAAACUAGCAAAUAUCUGAAGUAAUUCAAUAAUCAUAUGUCAAAGAACAAGAAAAAAAAAGAAUGACAUAUUUUCGGAAUCUUAGGACCUUCAGCUGACUAGAACUUUUACUUAUUUUAUUUUUUUGACGAAAAGCCAAAGUUAACUGAAUAAUUUAAAUAUUUUGAUCAAGAUUGCGUUUAGUUAUUUUAUUAAAUUGAUUAGUUGGCAGUGUAUCUUAUUUCAAAAACUUUAUGGAACGAAAUGCAUAAUAGAUUAGUGUCAUUGUACUGUCUUUGAAAUAAGUAAAUACAUCUUCACUUCAAGUAAGAUCCAUUGUCGACUAGGUAAUCAAAUUAGAAAAUAUUGACCAAAAGCAAGUGACAAACUUUGAUGACUUUCAGAAAUGAACUAUAGCAUAAUCAUGUCUAUAUUUUAUUUUUAAUCAUAGGUUUUAGAUUGUCUUUAAUAUGUAGUUUUUCGACCUUAUUUAUGGUGCUACCUAAGACACAUAAUGUCGCAAAUCGAACUGUAUUUUGACGUGGAAUCCUAUUUGAUGUAAGGACUAUUUCGGACUACUUCUAAAUCUGGUAAUUUUACGCUCAAAUUAUCAUAAGAGUGUUCAAUUAUACGAACUUAUAUUGUCUACGCUGGUACAAGACGUAUGUAUUCGUUCUUACAAAAACGGUUAUUGUUGUUAGAACGUUCUGAAUACAGUUUAGUCUGAAAUAGCCCUUUGUAUAUUUUAAUAUGUCGUACUUUAUAACAAAAUUUACACCUGUUUAUGCCAAUUAAGUGACAAAUUAAUAUUUACUGUUUAAAAUAGUUGACCCAAUGAAAAGUAUAACUUUCAAUAUCGCUAAAGUCAGAAGGAAUCGAGCAAUAAUACUUGAAGUACAUUGCUUGACGUAUAGUGCCUUAUUUUUGAUGUGUUUUAUGUCCUUAAGUAUUUAGUCAUUAUUUAAAUUAAUAAAUCAACGUGAUAGAUAAUAAUCAGAAAUAAUUAUUAUUUUUAUCAUGUUAUAUAAUUUUAUUGUAUGUAUUUUCGAUGGUUGAAUUAUAAUUUGACCAGAUUUUAAGGAUAUUUGUAGGUAUCCGUAUCGAAAAAUAACUUUUUGACGUCCUUAAAAUAAUAAAACUCCAAAGUAUACGUAGCGAAAUUACAACAUAAGGCUUGUGAUGUUUCAAACCAUUCCAAAAGUGUCUAGUUCGUAAGUUAGGUUAAGAUUUUCUAAUCUAGGUCACAAGUUAGCCUAUUUAGUCCAAUCCGCAGUUUUUAUCAGAAAUUUGUGCCAUUUGUGGCUCCAUAUUGAUGGAGUUUUUCUUUUUUUACAGCGAAGUGCCAUAUUUUUGGCAUGUUUUUUUCAUCCCUCCCCAAAGGUUGUAAACUAAACAUAUCUCGCGACUUUAUCCGUCCUUUUGUUGUAGCGGUGCAUAUUAUUUUCUGCGUAGUUUUUAGACGACAUAGAUUUAUUUUAUUCCAAUUUUGCCUCAGUACUUUUUGUAUGCACUUUUUUGACAGAAAUUUGGCCAUCUUUCAAAAUAUUUCGAUUAUUUUUAUUUUAUUUAAGCGUUUUUUAUGAUUUCUGCUUCCGAUUGGACUCGCUUCCUUUAAUCUGUGAUGUAAACUAUUUAUUAAUGUUAUGCAAAAGACAAGAGAGAGUUUAUUUCUGGUCAGUUUAUGUAUUAAAUUAUUAUUGUAGGUGAGAUGCGUUUGAUGGAGUUUUCGAGUUGACUUGUACACUUAUUCUAAGUUAUUUUUAUUAAAAACUACAAAACAUGCGCACAGUCAACUUGUAAAUUUCUUCAAAUGCAUAAAAGAGUAUGCGCUGCAUCUGACGUGAAUUAAAAAUAUAAUUGAUUGGAUUAUUUUAAUAAAAGAAAAAACCUAUCAUGUUGUUGUUUACGUAUGAUACAGCGCAUAACCUUAAAUCAUUGUAAAUGAGCAAAAUUACGUCAAUAUUGUUUCCCUGCACGCAAUAUUGCUGCCAUUUUGAAUGUCAAUAUAUUCCCGCAAUAUUGCCGGCAAUAUUGCUCGUGUACAAUGAAUAUAGUGUCUGGUACGCCUCGUUCCCGCUAGCCUAAGUGAUAACUAUUUAUUGUAUACUCUUCGCGAUUUGAAAUUUUGACGUUAGAUGCAUUUUGUUGUGAUCUGUUGCUUUAUGAAUAGUAAAGAAUGUGUUGUGUCGUUUAUUAUUGUUUUAUUUUAUUACUAAGAUUUAAGUAAAAACCCUGUCUGUUUCAAAGGAGGAUGAUUGUAAGUGCUCAUAUACAAGUAUGUAUAGGACCAACGUCAAAAUCUCAACAAAAAAAAAACACUUCUCCAUACUAUUUUUAUGGACUGCUGCCACAAAAUAGAUAGCAACAGAAAGCAAUCACCUGUAUGAGUACUUUAUUUUGCAUACGCACACAGGCGCGUGUCUCAUGCAGGUGGCAUUCGCACUGGUUUAGAUUGGUUUGCGAUUAUUGACGAUAUCGUGUCCGUGAGCGUUGUCUAUGUGUGCGUUGCCCGAGCACACUUUGUCUACUAUCUAUUUUGUGCUGUUGCUGUAACAAUUUAUAUGGGAAAGUAUUUGACUAUAUUUUCAUUACUUUGGGAAAACACGCCAUUUGAUCAAAUAAAAUACCUUAGAUACAAUUAAUAUAUUACUUUUAAUGUACUUCAUUUCACCACUUACAAUUUUAGCUUACAUGCUAUUGAUAAUACUUGACACUGCACUGGAUUUUCAACAGAUAUGUUUAAGUACAUUUUGUAUAAUUC